AUGGCAGACUCAAAGACUGCAAUCGUUGCGGUUACAGUGGUCUUCCUCGUCGCCACUUACCUAUACAUUCGUUCCAACAAUUACGAACGUUCUAAUUGUCCCAGUGUCUCAAAAGUAUUCGCCGACGAGGUCAACUGUCUGCGCAUUCUUCAAGCCAAGGCAUCAAAUCAAGACAACCACGGCUUACGCAACGCUUUGCAGUCUCGAGCUCUUCCGAAUCAGAGGCUUACGGUUGCUUUCGGCGUUGAUAACGCCUUCACGACGACCAGCAUCGAAAAUAGAAAUAUGUUCAGAAACCAAUCUACGAGCCUCUUACGUCAGCCGUUCUCGAAUUCAGGCUGGAUAAAACUCCACCAUGGACUCCGGAGCAUGGUCAAAGAUGCCCUCACGGACAAAAGCAUCUUGCUAGUUCCUCUUGUACAGUCAUUGACCCUUAGAAUCACGCUAGCGGUUCUAUUCGAUCUCAAUCCCAUUGCAAUCCCUGCUUCCGUCGCGGAAGAGCUUGCGAGCGAUAUCAACGACAUUUGGCUAGCCUCAAAGUGCGGCACGAUUCCCAAAUGGCGAACUCAGACGCGAACCCACAUGCUGCUCAGAUCCAUACUUCCUUCGACAGACCCUCUCAAUCUAGCUGAAAACCCCAUGAACUUUAUCUUGCCGGCCUAUGAAACUCUUUGGCGAGUCGUACUCCGCUGCUUUAUCGAAGUCCUCUACCGCGGGCCACGAGCAAGUCGCACGACCUGGAGACGUGCCAUUCAAGAAAGUCUCAGCCACCCAAAAGACAGCUCCGUUGACGUUUCCAAAUUCUCUACGAACAACAUAGCCAGAGAGGCCCUCCGCCUAUACCCACCAACACGCCGCGUGUACCGCUACUUCCAAGACCCUGCUACAGGUUAUCCAGAAGUCGAAGCUGCAGACCUUGAAGCUUGCCAGCGCGAUGAAACCCUCUGGGGCGCGGAUGCGAAGACUUUCAACCCGGACCGAUGGAUGACAAUCGACGAUCCGGCCAGGCGUCUCCUAGCGUUCGGUGAUUCACCCUUCCGAUGUCCAGCAUACAACGAAUUUGGCUUUCGGAUGAUCAUACUGCUGACGGGUGCGCUGUCGGAGGGUGUUGGAGAAGACUAUGAACUUCAGUACGGCUCAUGUUGCGAGUUGCCGGAGUGGGGCACGCCGUUGUGCAGUGGGCGCAGGUCAUACUCGCAGGUGCGGCUGCAGGGCUUGAGGUCUUGCAAUUAA